GGAUACGCGCGCGCCGGUAGUGAUGUCGGUUAACUGAAUACUGUAGUAGGUAACAUCAUGACUGCCACACAAGAUACUUUGGGAGAAAGGCCUGUUGAAAAGACAGAAGCAAUGAAUCAGGUCAAGCUGGACGUGCUGCCGGUUCAGGCCAAUGAAAAGAGCAGCCAGCUAGGCCAGCAGACAGCAGAGUAUAUUUUUGAAUGUGAACCGGAAUUAGAUCCAUGGGCUCUGCCUGAACUGAUGGACCAAGGGGUCAAGUGGUCAGAGCUCUCCAGGUCAGGCAAGGUCCUACGUGUAUUCCAGUCUCUUGCCAAACUUGGAGCCCUCUUGUUGCUGCUCUACUUCUUCAUCUGUUCCCUGGACUUUCUCAGCUCUGCAUUCCGUCUUCUUGGAGGGAAAGUAGCUGGAGAUGUACUAUCCAAAAAUGAGUUACUAUCCAAUCCUGUUGUGGGCUUGAUGAUUGGAGUUCUUGUUACGGUAUUGGUGCAAAGUUCAUCGACCUCAACAUCCAUUGUUAUUACCAUGGUAGGGACUGACCUGGUUGAGGUUCGAAGUGCCAUUCCAAUCAUUAUGGGAGCAAACAUUGGAACUUCCAUGACUAACACCAUUGUUUCGCUGAUGCAGGCAUCAGAAAGAAACGAGUUUCGUAGAGCUUUUGCAGCUGCAACUGUACAUGAUAUGUUCAACUGGUUGACAGUUAUUGUUCUUUUACCCAUAGAAAUCAGUACAGGUUACUUGUAUCACGUAACGAAUGCCAUCCUUAAGAGUACUGAAUGGGAACAAAACAAAGAUGCAGAUCGUGACUUUCUCAAGAAACUUACAAAACCAUUCACAAAGACCAUUAUUCAGCUAGACAAAAAUGUUAUAACAGCUAUAGCCAACAAAGAUGAAACAGCCAGAAACAUGUCACUCAUAAAACAAUGCUGUAAGAAUAAUGGAACUGACUGCAUCAGUGAAUGUAAAUUUCUCCUUAAAGGUUUGAACUGGAGUGAUUCGAUUGUAGGGCUACUUUUGUUAGCAGUGUCACUGGUUCUUCUUUGUUCCUGCCUCAUUCUACUUGUUAAACUUCUUCAUUCCAUGCUUAAGGGACGCAUUGCUGUUAUCAUCAAGAAAACUGUUAAUGUAGAUCCACGUUUCCCCUUCUCCAUGUUUGUAGGUUAUGUUGCAAUUCUUAUUGGAAUGAUCAUGACCAUUCUGGUUCAGAGUAGCUCAAUUUUUACUUCUGCACUUACUCCUCUAGCAGGUAUAGGAGUCAUAUCUCUGGAGAGGAUGUAUCCGCUAACCUUGGGUUCCAACAUUGGUACAACAGCAACAGGGAUUCUUGCUGCACUUGCAGCAGACAAGGGACACAUUCGAGAUACGCUCCAACUGGCCUUCUGUCAUUUGUUUUUCAACAUUAGUGGCAUCCUUCUCUUUUAUCCUCUCCCAUUCAUGCGAUUUCCUAUCACUCUUGCCAAGCUGUUGGGUAAUCUAACAGCGGAAUAUCGAUGGUUCUCCAUCGUUUAUCUCCUCCUAAUGUUUGUCUUUGCUCCUGGUAUUGUAUUUGGUCUGUCAUUGGCUGGCCCAAAUGUUUUACUUGGUUUAGGUCUCCCACUUCUUUUGUUUUUCUUUCUUAUCAUUGCAAUCAACAUUAUUCAGCGCAAACGCCCAAGUCUCCUUCCAUUAUUUCUGCAGAACUGGAUGUGGCUUCCAGAGUGGUUGCAUUCUCUGGAUCCCCUGGAUCGAUUCCUUACAAGAAUUCUCAGAUUGUGCAAAUGUUGUAGUUGUAUUACUGAUGCAACCAGAGCUCAUGAUGCCAACAUUUUACCCAUUCCACCGAACACAUCACAAAUAAACUUUUUAGAUACACGACGAUCAUCUUCGGCAUCAAGCGACGUUAUUGCAUUACAUGGUGUAGAAAAUAGUGCACAUGGUUGGAAUGAUAAUAAGUCAUUGGCUGCAAGAAACACUUAUUUAUGAAACAACUCUCUCUUUAAAUGAUAAUAAAUAAGGGCCAAUUCUCAUAAGAUCAGAAGAAGAACCUUCAGCAUCUUUUUAUUGUAUGCAUGCAUGAAUGAGGUAAUAAUGUUUACAGUUAUUAAGCACAAGGAUGGAAAAAUAUCUACGACAUAGUAUGGAUGGAUUAUUUUAUUAAAUAGGAUUUUGGAUUUUACUGAAAUACUGUAAAUAAGCAGAUUCUUGAGUUUUCUUUUAUAUGUAAAGUUUUGAGUUGCUUUUCUUUUAUUGAUUUCACUUUGAAAUGUUAUUUAGUGUUGCUAUAUUAUUAUUGUUGCUCAAUAUAAUGGUUUGAUUUGUUCGCUUGGACAAAUAUCUAAAUGCUACUGUUUAAUUGUGUCAUUUGUACAAAAAAAUAUAAAUUUAUCGUUGUGAUUGGCUGAAAGUACAUGUUCCUUACUUUUCUCAUGAAUAAAUUAUUACAUUUAGAUAUAUCUUAGAAAAGUUAUUUCUAAAAUUAUUCACACCAUUUGGCUCUGAAGUUUUUAUAAUCAAGGAUUAUAAUAAUGAUGUAAACAUAUGUAACUCUAAGAUAAUUCUGCAGCCCAUAGUGGAAUGCUGCUGUAUCAGAGAUAAAAGUGUUAAAAUUAACUGUUUAAAAUAAAAUAAAUAUUGACGAUGCCGUUAAAAUUGUUGUAAUGGGCGUUAUCGCCAGAUGUCGCUUAUAACUGUAAAACCUGUUUCAGAAAAGCACAUUUUUUCUUAGUCUUAACUUAAAAUUUCUGGACGUUAGAAUAAUUAUGAUUUAUAUUCGGAAGCCCAUAAUAUCUGAAACAUAGAAUACUUUAAGAUGUAAUUUAAGCAUAAAAUCGUUAAUUUCAAUCGCUAGAUUUGUUGUAACCACUCCUUGGCUGUUUGUCCAGAUUGUACAGAGCUGUAUAUAUAUAGUGCGAUAACAAUUAAUAAGAGUAAAAUUGUAUAUUU